CCCCGCGCCGGCGCCAGGCCUAGGCCGGCGGCCGCGAAGUUGGGCCCGCCGAGGUGGUGUCGGAAGGCGGGGGUAUCAGCCCUUGGCCGGCCCCGGUGACCAUGGCGGUCUUUCACGACGAAGUGGAGAUCGAGGACUUCCAAUAUGACGAGGACUUGGAAACGUAUUUCUACCCCUGCCCGUGUGGGGAUAACUUCUCCAUCACCAAGGAAGAUUUGGAGAAUGGGGAAGACGUGGCAACGUGUCCUAGCUGCUCUCUCAUUAUAAAAGUGAUUUAUGACAAAGAUCAGUUUAUGUGUGGAGAAACAGUUGCAGCCCCUUCAAUCAACAAAGAAUUAGUUAAGUGCUGAAGAAGCCUUCAGGAAUCCAAAUCCCAACAGUUGGGAAUGAACCAAGUUGGAAAUAUCAAAUACAAAGUUACUGGCUUCUUCAUGGGGACAACCGUUUUGUGGUUUACUGUUCCAUUAGGGUGUGGAUUCUUUUUAUCAACUGUUGAGUUCAUCUUCAAAUAAAGAAGCAAGUCCAAUACAUGACUACCCGGAUUUCAUGCUUAGAAGUUUGAAUUGGAAAUGUUCUUAAUUAUCCAUCUGAAUUUAAAGGAAGGUAAUUUCAAAUCAGUGCUAUUUUACCCUCAGUUUCAUCAUUUUUAUAUCUUAAACCUAAUUACUUCAAUAUCUGAUAGCAGCAUUGUCUACCUCAGUCAUUGGGAUCCUUCACUGGGAUUGUAUUUUUGACUUGGUUAUUAAGAUGAUUAAAAUUAGCCCUUCCUUUGAAAUUCGACUUUGCUAUUCUAAACUUAAGCAAAUGAGUUGCCUUGUCAGUACUGCACUCCAGUUCCUACACCAAGCCUGUUUCCUCAGUCUUGCCAUUAUUAGAAUGUUCAUGUUUCAUUCAGCAUGCCAUUCUGUUACACUUCAUGCACAGAGUUCGUUCAUGGUAUUAAAGAAAAAAUAUAGUGAGGUCACAAUUUCUCCAGAGCUAAAAGUUAGUAAAUAAGAAAGAAAAGUUCAAAGUGAAAUGAACAAAGAAUAUGGAGUUUCUUUAUAGUCUGCAUGUUCCUUGAAAGUCAGGACAAGAUUAAAAAAAAAAAAAGCUAAAGAAAGUAAAAUAGAUAACAGAAUGAGAGGAACAAAACAUGCCAACUUGAAUGAGAUUACCAGAUCAGAGCAAAUAAUAUUUCCAUAUCUUGGUUUUUAUUUGUUUUUUGAUAAGGCUAGUUAAAUUGCAUUCCAGAUAGGGGUUUAUGGCAAGUUUUCAUGGCUGGUGGCAGUGCUUUCAGCAUAUCACUGUCACUACACCUAAAAGGUAAAGCAUCUACAACAGAGAAUGAGCUUGAAAAUGGGAGGCCUAUUCUGAAUAAAUAUGCCCAUGAGGCCACAUCUGAUAGCCUCUAUGACAUGGAGCCAAACCAGACAUGCACUCCUGCAGAGAACUGUUGCCCUGGAGAAAAAUAUGUGAAGAUAAGCUGUCAGUCUCUCUUUGCCACAGUGCUGAGAAUAGCUAGAAAUUAGAAUCACAUAGAAAUUUGAAAAUUCCCUUUGUAUACACAACUUUGCUAUGUAUAUAUAAAGUUUUAAAAAUGCACUGUCUGGCAGAUUGUUUCGGGAAUGGCUCCUACAACUAGAAAAAUAGCUUGCUAGAAUGUAUAUGUCCUAUCACUGAUUGAGAACUGUGCUGCACACACUAAUUGGAGUUUUAAAUUAAAACAAGUGAGUGGCCUUUUUUUUAACCUGCCAGUGGCGUUGCUGUGUGCAGUCAUUAGGCUGAGACAUAAUAAGUGACCAAAAAUUGACAGAAGUGCUUGGUACUUUUUAUGGCAUAUUCCUGAAGUAUGGAGAAAUCUCAUUGCUGUGUGGGACACUGACACCCCAGAAGUAAUUCACAACUGCUUUGCAAAAGCUAAGUGACUGCUCAUGUAAACAGCAGGGUACAUGCUGACUGGUGGGAAUGAACUGCAAAGAGAAUGUCCCAUGCUCGUGGUGGUGGUUUUCUAGGUAUCACUAACAUAUUAGCUCCCUGCUGAGGAGUUUCAAAGAUACCCUUAAUAUAGGUCUACAGUGAACAUAGAACAGGAAGAAAAGUUGUCCAAGUUCAAACAUCCCAGAAGAAAAGCAUACACAGUGCUGGCAAUCAGUGAUUGGUGAUACACUGCAAUAAUGGGAAUGAUUUUGUUUCUAAAGCAACUGAGUCACUAAGUUUGUGAACUACAAAAGAAUACAUCAAGAUUUAAUCUUACAUUAGCAGAAGGUAAAACCAGAGUUGCUGAGUGAUGUGUGUGCCUUAUUUUGCCCAAGACAUUUCUGAAGCACCUCUGAGAACUGAUUUGUAAUCCAUGCUCUGUCUCUUAAUAGUUCUGAAAUCUUUGGCAAGGCCAGUAGAUUCCUCAUCUGUAGAAUUAGGAGACUGGAUCAGGUGAUUUCUCAGCUCUGAGUUCUCUAAUUUCAGGCUUGCUAGCUUACAGGAACUGAAAUGGCAAUUGAAACCUUAAUAAACUUGAACUAUCUAAAUCAUGAACUGCAGAGAAAGGCUGCAUUCUUCAAUAACUUGAUGUUACUACACUUCUGAGUUUGAAAAUUAUAAAUUUAACUAAAAGAUUCUUCAUAUACUUACAUGUAAGCAUUCAGAGAUACUUUUCUUGGGAAGCACCCAACAUUUUUGGUAACUGUACAUAUUAAUUACCGGAAUAAAUUGUAUUGGCAUGCUAAAUAAAGUCACAUAAUUCAAAUCCA